AUGACCAGAUUCACUUCAGAAGACCUACUAGAUUAUUUUGAUAUGCUUUUAAGAAAAUGGGCUAACUUGGAUCCUGCCGAAGAUAAUUCCAGGCAGAAGAUGACUGUCACAACUGAAAGAUCUGAUUCUUCUCUCUGUGAUUUUGAGGUUGUAAGGAAAAACGUUCAUGAUAAGCAUAGUGUGGAAGAACACUACUUCAUACGAGAAAACUAUGAAGAUGUAAGAAAGAUCUGUUAUGGCCCAAUUGUGGAAUGUAAGAAUGGUACCAGAAUAUGUAGCAAGAGCAGUGAAGAGAUGAGGGGACUAUAUUGUAAAUUAAUACGGGAAGCUAAAUUUCCAGAAUGUUCAUAUGAAUCAAUUUAUAUAAAAGGAUUUCCCCUUAUCACUUAUAAAUAUGGAUAA